AUGGGUGGGGAUCCUCAAUCCCCCGACUCCAUCAAUGAAGGGUCUCUUCAUGUUCUGGAGUUAUUUGGUUUCAGUUACACCGUCUUGACCUUCAAGGAGCAAUAUGUAUCCUGGCUCCGGCUCGCCGAACGCGUCAAUGAGCAAAUUCAAGCUACCAGGCUGUUUUCCGCAAGACUUGGGGUAGAUGUCCCCGUCUUCAAGAGAGAAGCCGUCGACAAAGCCCUCGAAGAUACAGAAUCCACUGCUCAGCGUCUGGCAAAUUCCCUGAUACAAUGGAAAACGCCUCUGAGUCUUGUCGACAAAUCUCGACCAUUCCUAGUGCUUCUACCUCAAAACCAAGAAGUUAUCGCCAAUCUCGAGUGCCUCUCCAAUGCCAGCCAAACAUUGGAGCGGGAGAUGGAGUCUUGUAAGUCGCUCAGAGCAAACUCGACCAAGCGGAAACCCGUGAACACCAUCGCUUUGCAAACCGGACCAAUACAGGGCGAAAAGUCCGCAGACCACAGCGACAGCAACUACUCAAUUAAUGAUCUUCCUCCGGUAGAGCCUGGCAAUCCUUUACACCAUAAGAGGAUGUCAAGACUUCGAAGCAGGAGCCAAAGGAAUCUCAUAGCUGAAGAACAACCUUUACCAUACUACCAGUCCGUUGUAGACGGCGCCUCCCAAGCACCAACAUCAGAUCACCAACAGAACUUGUAUGAGCUUCCUGUGGCGGGCAUGCGUUCGCCUUCUAUCAAACCCCAGUUCACCUUGCCAUCUCUUUUCCCAAUGCCGGAGCUCCAAGGGGAUGACGGACUUUUCGAUGUCAAAGGGCGAAUUGAUACUAUUGGACAACUUCGAUAUUCAACCAUUACUCCAGGAAUACAUCAUCUCAAUAAGGCUGACACCACAGGGCAAAGCUCGGCACAAAGGAGGUCGCAACCCGUGACUUUGCCAGUUGCUGAUGUCGCGGCAAACUCAGCAAAAUCGCUUCAGUCACCUCCCAACUCUGAUACGUUACUCAUAUCAAAUCCAAGCAAUAAUAAUGCCCAUCACAACAAAGGUUAUCCUUCAGUGUCCACAUCGCAGGUAGCUGUCGCCAAACCUGGUAAAAAUCUAAGAACAUCCACGAUAUCAACAGGCAGCCUCGGCUCCCCAAUGCCGCCUAUUCAAGAGGGGGAACCGGUCUCCAAUUCAAUGAUAGCAGACUCGAAAGUAUGCUCACAGAAUCCCCCUACCAGCGAAAUCGAAGCAAUAUCAAAUCUGUCCUCGGAAGCGCGGCCUGCCGCUCGACCAGAGCCGACUGGAAACUUACCGCACAUUGACUCGACACCCACAAAUCUUCCACAAUUAGUCGAUGUUGCCUCCAAUUCUACGUCGACGGUGCUUGAGCAGCAAAUGAAGACCCUUCCUUCAUCCGAGGAUCCUCGCACGGAAACUGCUGCUCGCCAGAAUCUAUCACAGCCGAGCCCAAAUGGAUCUCCAUCGCCAUCUCUGACAAGACGAUCCCUCCCUAUUAGCACCGCCCCUAUUUUUCAGUAUCCUUUUACCACCGCCAAGUCCUUUAUCAUUGAAUCACCAACAGCCACCGAUGGGCCCUCCUACUGGGAGAAGGAUCAGCUACCUGCACACCGACCCUCAACUUCAGACCUCCUCAGCAAGCCUGACGUCGGAAGGUCGAAACAAGUUCCAGACUCGACUGGAUCAAGUUCAAACCAUAACGAUGCCCCCAAACUACCGCCGACAGAUGUAACGUAUGAACGAGCAAACAGCCUUCCAGGAAUGAGUCACACUAUGAUUGGUAUCAACGCCAACGACCCUUCCAGCACUGAUAAAACGGAACCAUCAAAAGCUCCCCACGAGAUGUUCCAACAGCGGCACACCUUUCCAUCGCAAGCCCAGACAGCUACAACCUUGCAGCAAUUGCAGCACUUGCAGCACCGGCGACCGAUAUCACGAUAUCGUGACCAUGUGGCUGAAGUUGUUGAAGUCCCCACAAAGGGAAAGGAACCGAUGCGUAACUCGAUUGGAUCGCCUAACGAGCACUCGCAGUCUGAUCUACCCCCACAAAGGAUACGACCUCCGUACCCAGUGACCCCGGUGCAAAGCCCUUCCGAGAUUGUUGCAAAGCUGCUGCCGGCAACAAAACCAACAAGUCAACAGGAGGAAUAUCAUCGAAAGGUUACGCAGCAAACCCUUGCAACCGCUGUUGCUUCAAUUUCGGCAGGUACAACUCGAAACAGCCAUCAACAGAAUUCGAAUGUAGCAGCGACAAGACUCUCUAUAGAAAGAGCAGCCUCUGAAGUGCUGUCGCAUGGCCCGUACACAGCCUAUUCUCCACCGCCAGCAGACGUUCAAGCGGCGACACGACCAAUGUCAGCCCCGACAAUAGAACAUUACAAAGCAUACUCUACCUCGGAAACGCCUUUUUCAGGUUCAAAUAAAGCCGGCCCAUCAAUCACAAAUGCAGCAAAUACUAGUAUCAGUCCAGCUCUAGAGGAUGGUUUGAUUCCGAUUCCACCCGCUAUAGAAAUCGCAGAAGUGGUACGGAUUCAAGCGCCUCGAAUGAUGCAUAUCUCGCCCACAGACAUAUCCAGCUCAGCCCGAUCGCCAGUCAAGCAACAAUCUCCUCAUGGGGACACGAAAGAUGUUGACAACAACAAGGCCUUAAGGCCUAUGUCUCCUGCUGGACUUGAGCAUCAUGUUGUUCCAAUGGUUACUCCUACAGCAGUGUCUCCUCCCAUUCCUCCGAAGAUCCCGCAUCCACAGUCUCCUGUAGGCAAGAUUUCAGUCCAAUUCGACCAAGACCAUGACCAUGUUCAGGCGUCUUCGAGCUCGGGGCAUGUUGCUCAGCAACAUGACUUGGCUCGCUUUUCACAAGAGACCAAUUCUUCCCCAAGCAAAACAGCCAUUCCAGACCAAGCAUCGCCCUCGGUCCUGGAUGAACAGCGAAGUGUCUCAUCUUCGAGUGCUGUAGCUAGCACGGUAAAUGCGGGUACACAGGCUUCACCGUAUAAUCCAUUGGUAUUGGGAUCCAGUAAUUCCCAAUUCAACCUCAAUUCCGGCUCAAGCGCGGAUGUCAGUUCAGGUUCGCCAAACGGAACGCCGAAGGCUAGCAGCCAUAGUAUGCUCUCACCCAACAAUCCAUCAAAUACAGAUCGUAUCGGUGGGCAGGGAGGCAAAGGGGUGGCGAGGCGGCGACGAAGUGCUUGGCUUUUUGCUCAGGUGGAGAAGGCCGGGACAGCGACAUUGGGAACUGGGCAGUGA